AUGAUUUACCCUCUCAAGUCUCCUAGGAUGGUGGGGGACCGAUCUUUGGACGUCGCUAAUCUCGAAGUAAUCAAACUGGAAAGUCUUACUGCAAAAGACCCAGUCGAGAUGGCGAAACUUUUGAAGGCCGCCGAGUCUGAGGGAUUUUUCUAUAUCACUUUCAACGAUGACCUCUCCAAGAAGAUUUCAGGCUAUCUCCGGACUUGUUACUUGAACUCCCAUGAGUACUUCGCCAAGCCUUUAGGCGAGAAGAUGAAAGCGUUCAGGGAGGGUGUGUGUCACGGCUACAAGUGCGCAGGCAUUGAAUCAUUCGAAAUCACUCGAGACGAACAGAACAGCAUCACUUUGCCAAGUCCCUUCGCAGAACACGCUGGGGCGACACUAGAUCUUUCUAAUAUCUGCGAUACCAUAGUCCGCACCUGUCUCCGCAGUAUUUCUGAUAGUCUUGGUCUUGGUGAACCCUCGGAUCUGGAAAAUGCUCAUCACCCUGAUGGACAAAGCGACUCGGGAAUAAAGUUCGUCUCUGGUCCGACCAAAUCAUCCAUUGCUGAUGUACCCGACACUACCCACACUGACGGCGGUUCGAUCACCUUGCUCUGGUGCGAGAAAUGGGCUAGCCAGAUGCAGUCUAAGGACACGAAAGAGUGGCUAUGGAUUGACCCCAAACCUGGUUGUGUCUUGGCCAACGUCGCAAAUUAUCUACAAAGACAGACCGGCGGUCGCCUACACUCCCCAGUCCAUCGAGUGAGCCAGCCGACCGAUGGUGUGGAGGACCGAUACUUUGUGUCCUAUUUCCUGAGACCGAAUCACUAG